CACUCCAACCCACAUUAGUAUGAUACUAUCUAUUUUGGACCGAACUCUCACGGAUUUUUUUAGGCACCUCUCAAAAUAUAUCACCCUAAAAUAUUCGGUUGAACCAUUAUAUUAGGCUCUAAGUAGUGAAAAAGAGAAUGAUGAUGGGGGGAGGUGGGGGUGAUGCGUCGUCGUCGUCGGUAUCGGAAUUGCCGCCGGGGUUUCGGUUUCACCCGACGGAUGAAGAACUGGUGGCGUACUAUCUGAAACGGAAGAUCAACGGCCGGUUUAUAGAGCUCGACGUCAUCCCUGAAGUUGAUCUCUACAAAUGUGAGCCAUGGGAGUUGCCUGGGAAGGCGUUGUUGGCGAGCAAAGACCUAGAGUGGUAUUUCUUCAGUCCACGAGACCGGAAAUACCCAAACGGGUCAAGGACAAACCGGGCAACGAAGGCCGGGUACUGGAAGGCGACGGGGAAGGACAGGAAAGUAAAUUCAGAAAUGAGGGCGGUGGGGAUGAAGAAAACCCUAGUCUAUCACAGAGGCAGAGCUCCCCACGGAGCUCGAACCGAUUGGAUCAUGCACGAAUACCGCUUAGAGGAAAGGGAAUGCGAAACCCGGUCGGGCUUACAGGACGCCUACGCCCUCUGCCGCGUCCUAAAGAGAAGCUUAAAUACCUCAGAUAUCGGAGAGACUUACUCUGCCGCCGCCGCCGCCGGAGACGAUCAGGCGUCGAGCUCAUCCUAUGCGAUUCAGCAUCCGCCGCCGCCUUCACGCGACCUCGGUUUCCUGGCGACGUCGCAACAGGAUUACUGCUUGGAGGUUCCGGAUUUCGCCCAAUCGGGCUAUGUUCGAUUCCAGAUGCCUCAACCGAGCUGCUGCGAUUCCGACGAGGCAAAUCGUCGAACACUUGGUGCGCAUGACUGCACCGUAAAUGCAUCAGAUUUUAGCGACGAUUUUUCCUUCUUCCCUCAGAACGAGAGAUUUCAAAGCUACAGCUCUUCUGGAUUCAUGGAUCAAUGGAAGGAAGAUGGCCAAACGAUCGAGGAAUUCGGCGACGAACUAGGAUGGGAUAGAAUGGGGCCAUACUAAUAACAAUACAACACGAAGGCAUUAACGAAUAUCUCGAGACGGGAAAGACUAGCGACCAGUGGCACGAGAAAAUGAAACGGUGGCAUUAGAAGUGGACGAUGGAGUAGUGGUUGAUGUGUUUGCAGUACUUGCGCUCUUGUCGAAAUCAAUAAUGGAAGGCCUU